CGCUAGGGUCGGGCCGGGGGACACCGCCGCUCGCUGCCCGCCCGCCCGGCCAUGGCCGCCACCGAUGACGCGCGGGGCGGGAAAAGAGAAAGUAUUCGUUCCUUGACUAUGUGUGGCCAUGUUGGUUUUGAGAGUUUGCCGGACCAGCUGGUCAACAGGUCCAUUCAGCAGGGCUUCUGCUUCAACAUCCUCUGUGUGGGAGAGACUGGAAUUGGAAAAUCAACACUGAUUAAUACAUUGUUUAAUACUAAUUUUGAAGAACAUGAAUGCUCACAUUUUUGCCCAGAUGUUAAACUUAAAGCUCAGACAUAUGAACUCCAGGAAAGUAAUGUUCGGUUAAAAUUGACCAUUGUGAAUACAGUGGGAUUUGGUGACCAAGUAAAUAAAGAAGAAAGCUAUCAACCCAUCGUUGACUACAUAAACGCUCAGUUUGAAGCCUAUCUCCAAGAAGAAUUGAAGAUCAAGCGCUCCCUCUUCAACUACCAUGAUUCCUGCAUCCAUGUGUGCCUCUACUUCAUCACCCCCACAGGCCACUCUCUAAAGACACUUGACCUCUUAACCAUGAAAAACCUGGACAGCAAGGUGAAUAUUAUACCAGUGAUUGCCAAAGCAGAUACAAUUUCUAAAAGUGAAUUACAGACGUUUAAAGUUAAGCUCAUGAGUGAGUUGGUCAGUAAUGGUGUCCAGAUAUACCAGUUCCCAGCAGACGAUGAGACCAUUGCCAAGAUCAGUGCCACAAUGAACGAACAUUUGCCGUUUGCUGUUGUGGGAAGUAUGGAUGAGGUAAAAGUUGGAAAUAAGAUGGUCAAAGCUCGCCAGUACCCUUGGGGUAUUGUACAAGGUAAACGAGUGGUACUACUUUGGGCAGAUGGCUUCCUCAGUCCUUCACUUCCGACCUGUAAAGCAGAAUAUCAGUGGUUAUUCUUCAGGAUUGCUGUGGGAAAUCGUGAACUCGAGGCGUCACCGGGGUCUGUUACUAGUAGCAGAUACUUCACAAAUGUUAAGUCGCUUCACUUCACCAGUCUUCAAGAGACCUAUGAAGCCAAAAGACAUGAAUUCCAUGGUGAGCGUCAGAGAAAGGAAGAGGAAAUGAAGCAGAUGUUUGUACAGCGAGUAAAGGAAAAAGAAGCCAUAUUGAAAGAAGCUGAAAGAGAGCUGCAAGCCAAGUUUGAGCACCUUAAACGAAUUCACCAGGAAGAGAGAAUAAAACUUGAAGAAAAGAGAAGAGUUUUGGAAGAAGAAAUAAUUGCCUUCUCUAAAAAGAAAGCUGCCUCUGACAUACUCCAGAACCAGUCCUUUCUGGCAUCAGGUAUUGGCAUGAAGAAGGACAAGGACCGCAAGAACUCCAAUUUUAUGUAAUGCAGGAGUUCUAGAGUGCAGAAGGCCGUCACAAGCAAGUGUUUUCAUUUGUCACCGUUGAUUCUAUACAUCUGGCACACAGUUACUGAUGUUUAUGGCAAAAUAUUUUCAAAUACAAGAUUAAUACACAAGCCAAAGUGGAUGACACUGCUUACAUAUUCACUAUUGUUAAAAAAUCUCUAGGUUGCCAUUUUGCG